CACUGCUGGCACAAAGACGCUUAUUCUAAGGAUCUGCACCUGGGAUUACAGUCAGUCCACAAGAGUGAACAGAUCAGUUGCAUCUAAAACGAUGGAAUGAGAAGCCGUGACAGUGAGUAACAGGAGCAGGAUUAAAUCACUUUCUUCUUUUUGUGCCCCUGUAAAUUCCCCUCUGAUACCCCCAUCCGUCACCCAGCGAAGACAUACCGUCAUUGUCUCGAAACGACUUCGAUUCAUUCUUAUUUUAAAACUCUACUUUUGCCGGAAUAAUGCACAAGAAACUCUAUUAUCUCUAUAGAUUUUUAUUCCCUUUUGAUCCACUGCGCAUUCCCGGUUUUAUCCUGAAUGAGCAGCCGGUUUCUCUUGUUCAGGAUGCGACUGCGCAACCUUCGGCAAGUACCAGCAAUUAGGCUGUGUGUUUGUGCACGAGUUUCCUAAAAGCUUACAAGAAACAGUUCCCCCCUACCCAUCUUUUUUUUAAUUGGACGUCGCCAUUGUUGUCUGUAAAAAGAAAAAAAAAAAAAAAAAAGCAACUGUGGCAUACUGGACUCAGAGGGGUCAAACGGUGCGCCCUUGGCAUCACACCAACCCCCUCCUUGUGUCUGAACUAGGGUCCGUCACAGAAAAUAAAUCAAGCACAAUAUGGUGGAGCCCGUUGGAUUCAUAGAGGCUUGGAAGGCACAAUUCCCUGAUUCGGAGCCCCCAAAGAUGGAGCUGCGGUCCAUUGGAGGUAUUGAGCAGGAGCUGGAGAAGUGCAAAGCGUCCAUCAGACGCCUCGAACAGGAGGUGAACAAGGAGCGCUUCCGCAUGAUCUACCUGCAAACCCUCCUGGCAAAAGAGAGGAAGAGCUAUGACAAACAGCGGUGGGGUUUCAGGAAGACACCAUUGAAUGAGGGGGUAGACCCUGCAGCCACCCAGGGUUCAGAGUCACCGUCUCAGCAGCCCCACAUGCAGGAGACUGGUGGAGUUGGAGGUGCUGGAGGAUACGCUGUGGUGGAUAGGAGUCGUUUUCAGCCACUUGGGGAUGGUACUGGCAGGUCCAAACCGAGGCCGCCACCAGCCAGGAAGUCAGCUUCCCAUGGAGACGGCUUGGAGUCAGCGUUUGACUCACCCCAACAAGCAGAGUCUACGUCCUGCGACAACCUCGAUGGCCUCUCGCCAUCUAAGCAGAGGGGUGGCAUCACCCUGUCCCCCCGCAGGCCCACACUUCCACCCCCAGAUAAGGAUCUGCCUUCUGACCCCAAAGAUAAGCUUGGGAUGGGACUUGGUGUAGCAGCUCUCAGGUCCAAUUUUGAGAGGAUCAAACGGGCCAACUCUCACUCUGCUGGAGAUGUAGGUAAGGGUCAGGAAAAGCAGCUCCCACCACCACCACCAUUCUACACUAACAUGGAAUUCCAUCAUGAGAGGGGUUUGGUCAGGGUCAACGACCGGGAUGUGUCGGAUAAAAUCAGCUCCCUGGGUUCUCAGGCCAUGCAGAUGGAGCGAAAGAGGUCUCUUCAUUCCCUUCCAGGCAAUCUGGCAACAGUGGCAGGUGAACUUCGUGCCAGGCCGGUGUAUAGAGGACGGUCUACUGAGAGCACCUGUGGCUAUGACGCAGAAUACGAAGACGGAGAACCCAACCAGCGACAUUCAGGGAGGGCCAACGGGGGUAAACCUCCACCACCUCCUUGGCAACCAUCUGAGUUCCAAGCCUACUCCAGCGUCUAUGUUGGUGGAGUAAUGAUGGGUGAAGGUGGCAGUGGGGAUGGACGUGGAGGUGGCAUUGGAAUCACAAUGAGAGACCACAGCGGAGGUGAUGAUCACCUCUUGACCUGGCCACGCCGCUCCUACUCCCCAGGUAGCUUUGAGGAUGCUGGAGGGGGUGGUGGCUACACACCGGACUGUAGCUCCAACGAGAACCUGACAUCCAGUGAGGAGGACUUCUCCUCUGGCCAGUCUAGUCACGUCUCUCCGAGUCCCACCACAGCCUUCCGUCGUCCCUUCAGAGAGAAGAGCAGGUCACCUUCCCAAAACUCCCAGAACUCCCAACACUCCUAUGACAGCAGCAGCCCUCCUACGCCGCAGUCUCAGAAGCGUCACCACAGGCAGCAGGGAGGCCAUGUGGUCAUGUCUGAGGCAACUAUUGUGAGUGUUCGCAAGACAGGUCAAAUCUGGCCCCCUCCUGUCCACCAUGACCUCCUGCCCCAUGGUAGAACAUCCCAUGACAACAGUUUUCAUGGAGACCACUUAGGAGACAAUCCGAACAGCACUGCCAGCAGCAGGGUAAUAUUAUCUGCAUUACGGGACUCUGGGGGUUGUAGCCAGGGUGAUGUGAUCGGAGAUAACACCAUGCCUGGAGCACAUAUUCUCUGA